AUGCCAUUGGAUCUUCCUCUAGAAGAGGAUGCCGACGCAGAUACCUCUUUCGAUGUCACAAGCCAAACUCCUCUUGUCUCUUCCUACAAUAAGUCUCACAAUAACAAUAAUCCUGAUGCCAUAGAGUCAUCUCCUUCAUCUCCUUUCACUUCCAAACUUGAGAUUCUUGGUUGGUGUCUGUAUGCCUGGGCUUCUGAACCGUUCAUUGUCAGUGCAGUUGGAACAUAUGUCCCCAUUAUACUCGAGCAAAUAGCACGUGACAACGGUGUUAAAAAUAGUGACAAGAUUAGUCCUUGUAAAGGCUCCCGAAACGAGCCUGUUCCUAGGCCACCUCCUCCCGGUUUCCAAUUGACCAAUAGCAACACAACAGAAUCGGUCUCUUGUGUAUUGCCCGUACUAAAUGGCAAAAUCUACAUCGAUACAUCUUCUUAUGCCUUGUACACAUUUUCAUUCUCUGUCUUGGUCCAGACUAUAUGCGUGAUCUCUAUGUCCGGUGCUGCCGACAGGGGGUCCCAUAGAAAGUCUUUGUUAAUUGGAUUUGCCAUUUUUGGUGCCUUAACCACCAUUUGUUACUGGUUUGUGAGGCCUGAUGGCUAUUAUAUGGCCUCUUUUCUUGCUAUAGUCGCUAACAGUGCCUAUGGAUGCGUUAGCGUGUGUGGAAACUCGUUUCUUUCCGUGCUUGUUAAUAACAGUGCUGAAAUCAGGCAAUUAACCGAGGAUUCGUCUGACAGAAGCUCUAAGUGGGGUGUUCUGUCCUCCAAAAUCUCUGGCGCAGGCGCAGCAUCUGGUUAUGUUGCGGCUCUCAUUGUUCAAGUUGGUACCAUGUUUAUGCUUAUCCUUAUCAAAAAUAAAACAAAUGUCUCUUCGAUCAUGGGACCCAUUAAAACUGUUAUAGGUUUUGUCGGUUUAUGGUGGUUGGUUUUCCAGGUGCCUGUCUCCACCUUCUUGAAGCCUAGAGCAUCGCCUGAUCUUAACCUGGAUAAUUUACAUAUGCCUGCUGUUGGUGAGAGCAAAUACUGGCUUAGAAUGGCUCAUUACAAAUGGAAAGUUGUCAGAGCAUACGUUCUUCAAGGCUAUAAAACUCUUGUGUUGGCCUUUAAGCAGGCGUCCCAGCUUCGUGAUAUCAGCUUCUUUUUGCUCGGAUGGUUUAUUGUUUCCGACUCACUUACUACUAUCAAUUCUACCGCCAUUUUAUUUGCUAAAUCUGACCUUCAGAUGACCACUAUCCAGCUCUCCAGAAUCAGUAUCCUAGCUAUGAUCUCUGCAGUGUGUGGAUCAAUCAUUAUUCCCAACUAUAUUCAACCUAGGUUUAACGUUGAUGUGAAAACCAUGCUCAUUUUCAUCAUCCUAUGGUCAGUUAUGAUCCCAUUCUACGGCAUUCUUGGCUUCUACUUUAAGAGAUUCGGUCUACACCAUAGUGAGGAAAUGUAUCUCCUUGCCAUCUGGUAUGGCUUUUCUUUAGGGGGGGUUGCCACCGUUUCGAGAUCAAUCUAUUCGAUGCUCAUUCCAACUGGCCAGGAAUCGGUCUUCUUUGCAUUAUUUAGCAUUACUGAUAAAGGUUCCUCCAUAUUGGGGCCUCUCUUGGUCGGCGUUGUGAUAGAUAUGACACAUAACAUUAGGCAGUGUUUCUGGGUUUUGCUUGCUCUUUUAUUGGUGUCUAUACCCGUGCUCUGGUACGGUGUGGAUAUCAACCGGGGAAUGAGGGAGGCCACUGCUUUGUCAGAAGAUUCGCCGACUGAGGAGAGGAGUCCGUGA